CCUCGGCUCGGUGGUGGCGCCUCCCGGGGCGGCCGGCGCAUGCGCAGCGCAUCCGCGCCGGCCCGGAUCGCUAUGGCAGCGGCGUCGCCGUGGCGGGCGCUCCCGAGCUCGCGCGGGGCCAGGCCGCCUGUGUAGCCGCCCGCACGGCCGCCUCUCGGGCAUGAGCGGGGUCUCCCGCCGCUCUGCCCGCUGCCGCCGCCGGGAACAUGCCCCUGGCCGCCUACUGCUACCUGCGGCCCGUGGGCAGGGGCAGCUACGGGGAAGUGACGCUCGUAAGGCACCGGCGGGACGGCAGGCAGUAUGUCAUCAAAAAACUGAACCUCCGAAAUGCGUCCAGCCGAGAGAGGCGAGCUGCUGAGCAAGAAGCCCAGCUCCUGUCGCAGCUGAAACACCCCAACAUUGUGACCUACAAGGAGUCGUGGGAGGGAGGGGACGGUCUGCUGUACAUUGUCAUGGGCUUCUGUGAAGGAGGCGAUCUGUACAGAAAGCUCAAGGAGCAGAAGGGGCAGCCUCUGCCUGAGAGUCAGGUGGUGGAGUGGUUUGUUCAGAUCGCGAUGGCUCUGCAGUAUUUACAUGAAAAACACAUCCUUCACCGAGAUCUCAAGACUCAAAAUGUCUUCCUAACCAGAACCAACAUCAUCAAAGUGGGGGACCUAGGAAUCGCCCGCGUGUUAGAGAACCACUGUGAUAUGGCCAGCACCCUCAUUGGCACACCCUACUACAUGAGCCCCGAACUGUUCUCCAACAAACCCUACAACUAUAAGUCCGAUGUUUGGGCUCUGGGAUGCUGUGUUUAUGAAAUGGCCACUCUGAAGCAUGCUUUCAAUGCAAAAGACAUGAAUUCUUUAGUUUAUCGGAUUAUCGAAGGAAAGCUGCCACCCAUGCCGAAAGAUUAUAGCCCAGAGCUGGCAGAGCUGAUCAGAUCAAUGCUGAGCAAAAGGCCUGAAGAGAGACCGUCUGUGCGCAGCAUCCUGAGGCAACCUUACAUAAAGCGCCAAAUAGUCUUGUUCUUGGAGGCCACAAAGGCCAAAACCUCCAAAAAUAAUAUUAAAAAUGGUGACUCUAAAUCCAAGCCUGUUGCUACUGUGGUUUCUGGAAAGGCUGACUCAAAUCAUGAAGUUGUUCCCUCCCGAAAGUGCUCGUCUGAGGGCUCCAAGACAUGUAUAAUGGCUGAAGACCGAUGUUUGUCCCAGGAGAAAGCCAUAGUUGUCGAGCCCUUGAAGACACCUGCAAAUCUGAAAGACCCCACGUGCAAAGCAGACUUGAGCAGCACUGCAGAAUCACUGGCCACAAUCAGCAGGGUGGAUAUUGACCUCCUACCUGCAGAGAGGAGGGACUCAGGGGGCAGAGUGGUUCAUGAGGACCAGCCAAGAGGCUUAGGUGCUGUGAAUGAGCCAGAAAGUAAAAGCACUCUUUCUCAAAUGAAGGAGAGGCUUCAGGAUGACACUGUACCCAGCCCUCAGCCUGGAGCCCUAACUCCCACAUGCUCCUCUGAUGAUGUCACUGGGGAAAGGAAUGUUCCAGCGAAGCCUCUGCAGCCCCUAAACACAAACCCAAAGCCGAAGGACCAGGAUCAAGUUUCUGAUAACUGUAUUCCAGAGAAGCAGGACAGGAUUCACCCAGGCUUACUGCCACACAGUUCAGGCUCUGACCCUUCUUUGUCUCGACAGCGACGGCAGAGGAAACAAGAACAGACUGAGCACUGUGGGGAAAAGAGAGAGUUCCAGGAGGCUCUUCCUCAACAUUUGCCUUCUCUUCCUACUGCUGAAAAAGUGGACGUCACGCCAGCACAAACGAAUGCUGAGAAGCAGAGCAUGGUAGUCUCUGUCCCUGUGAGCAGUUCUAGGGGCACGGAGGUCUCAUUAUCAAAGGACCGACCCUUAUCAGCAAGAGAGAGGAGGCGGCUGAAGCAGUCACAAGAAGAAACACACCCUGCAGGCCCUUCCAUGAGGAGAGCUUCUCUGAGUGCAGCGGGGUCAGGAAACCCACGAGAGGAAGGAGAGCCCAGCCCUUCUCAGUGUCUGACUUCUGACUCCAGUGCUGCUCAGGAAAGGAAGCUGCCCCAUGGUCUCUCUGAGGAUGAGUUAAGUUCUUCUACAAGUUCAACUGAUAAAUCAGAUGGGGAUUCCAGGGAAGGGAAAGGUCAUACAAAUGAAAUGAGUGACUUGGUACAGUUGAUGACUCAGACCCUAAAACUGGAUUCUAAAGAGAGCUGUGAAGAUCUGCCAAUACCAGAUCCAGUGUCAGAAUUUAAACUUCAUCGGAAGUAUCGGGACACGCUGAUACUUCAUGGUAAAGUUGCAGAGGAGGCAGAGGAGCUUCGUUUUAAAGAGCUACCUUCAGCUAUCAUGCCAGGUUCCGAAAAGAUCCGAAGAAUAGUUGAAGUCUUGAGAGCUGAUGUAAUCCAGGGCCUGGGGAUUCAGCUCUUGGAACAGGUGUAUGAUCUUUUGGAAGAGGAGGAUGAAUUGGAGAGAGAGGUACGUUUACAGGAGCAUAUGGGUGAAAAGUAUACGACUUACAGUGUGAAAGCUCGCCAGUUGAAAUUCUUUGAAGAAAAUGUGAAUUUUUGACAAUUUAUUCUAAUUUGCUGCCAGAACUAAAGACCUAUUUUCAAAUGUUUUUGCUUAAACAUAAACAACCCAGAACAAUACUUGGAGGUCGGCCAUUCACCAUGCUGUCUCUCUGGGACUCUUUUUACCAGAAAAAAUUAGAGCAAACAGAUGAAGAAAACUCACUGAAGAAAGAAAAACACCUUUAGCAUUCUUAUUCAGUGUAUAAGGAAAAGGUCGAAGACUUUUUUUUUUUUUGGUUUACUGUUUACUGAGCCUUGAACACCAACUUAGUUAUCUAGAACUUGAUUUUUUUUUUUAAUGCUAUUUAGUUUGAAUCCAGGAACAUAAAAUAAUUAUUUGGAAGUUUUAUAUACUAUAGUGAUAAAAGCAAUAGGGGAAAUAAAUGUUGCCGGUGAUACUUUUUGUAAAUAACCUUAAGUAGUAAUUGAUAUAUUAUUUUUUUAAAAAGUCAAUUCAUGAUUCUCUAAAUAUAUUUAGAGACUAUAAAAUUGUAUCUAGCAUUUGAGCAACUGAAUUCCUUUUAUACAUAUUGAUAUAAAUGUAACAUUUUGUUUUUAUAUAUGAACCUCAUUUGGAGAAUACAAGAA